AUGCCCCAGUACCUCCAUAUCCCGACGGACCAGCAGGCUGAAGCCCGUGCCUUCCUCAGCGAGGAGAUGAUCGCAGAGUUCAAGGCUGCCUUCGACAUGUUUGAUGCGGAUGGUGGUGGAGACAUCAGCACCAAGGAGCUGGGGACGGUGAUGAGGAUGCUGGGCCAGAACCCCACCAAGGAGGAGCUGGACGCCAUCAUUGAGGAGGUGGAUGAAGAUGGCAGCGGCACCAUCGAUUUUGAGGAGUUCCUGGUGAUGAUGGUGCGCCAGAUGAAAGAGGACGCCAAGGGCAAGUCUGAGGAGGAGCUGGCCAACUGCUUCCGCAUCUUUGACCGGUGA